AUGGAGUUCGAGGAACAAGAAGAUCUAAAUGGUGUUCGCUUCGCUUGGAAUACUUUUCCUUCGACUAAAGCUGAGCUGGCUAAGAUUGUCGUCCCCACAGGUGUCUUGUACACGCCUUUAAAAUACAGAGAGGACUUGCCAGUGGCUGCUUAUGAUCCGAUUUACUGUCAUCUGCCAACCUGUCGAGGUAUUUUGAACCCUUACUGUACCAUUGACCCUGCUGGUUUCUGGAUCUGUCCCCUUUGUGGAACCAGAUCUCCAUUGCCCCCACAUUAUCAUGGUAUCACCCAGGAAAACUUGCCUCUUGAAUUGGCAGGCACUUCCUCCACUAUGGAAUACAUCACCUCAAAGCCAGUGCAGCAUGCCCCAAUCUUCUUGUUUGUUGUUGACUUGUGUCAGGAUGAGGACAACUUGAGAGCGUUGAAAGAAACCUUGGUGAUUUCACUUUCUUAUCUACCACCGAAUGCCCUCGUGGGCUUAAUUACUUAUGGUUCCAUUGUUCAGGUGUAUGACUUGGGCGCCAGCACAGUCAAUAAGUCUUACAUUUUCCGUGGUGACAAGGAUUACACUGAAAAGCAGGUUGCCGACAUGUUGAACAAGCCUGUCGUGGCUCAACCUGGCCAGAUGACAAUGCAAAACUCUUUACAGAGAUUCUUCUUGCCAAUUGAAGACAUUGAGCAUCAAUUGACUUCCCUCAUUGAGAACUUGACCGCUGAUCCUUGGCCUGUUGCUCACGGUGACAGAGCUAACCGUGCAACCGGUUCUGCCAUCAAUGUUGCCUCCAGCUUGCUUGGUAACACCUUCUCUGGCUUCGGUGCUAGAAUCUUUUUGUUCUCCGCUGGCUCUUGUACUCUUAACCCAGGAAUGAUUGUCGGUCCUAAAUUGAAGGAGGCCAUCAGAUCUCAUUCUGAUAUCGAUAAGGAGAACGCUAAGCAUUACAAGAAGGCUGUGAAGUUUUACGAAAGCAUUGCCGCCAAGGCUGUCAAGCACGGCCAUACAAUUGACUUGUUUGGUGGUUGCUUGGAUCAGGUUGGUUUCUUGGAAAUGAAAUCGAUGUGCUCAAAAACUGGUGGUGUCUUGUUAUUGUCUGAUGCCUUUACCACAUCUAUCUUCAAGCAGUCUUUCUUGAAACUCUUCAACAAGGACCACGAAGACUAUUUACUUAUGGGCUUCAACGGUACUCUUGAUAUUAAGUGUUCGAGAGAGUUGAGGGUCAGCGGCUUGAUCGGACACGCAUCUUCCUUGAAGAUCAAGUCUCCAAACGUUUCUGACACUGAGCUAGGUAUUGGUGGCUCAUCAAAAUUCAAAAUGUGCUCCCUUUCCCCUCAAAGUACGCACGCAAUCUUUUUCGAUAUUGCCAACAACCUGCCUUUGCCUCCAAACGCACAAUCAUACAUUCAAUUCAUCACCCAAUAUCAGCAUGCCUCUGGCACCUAUAGAAUAAGAGUCACUACGGUAUCGAACAUUUUAACUGGUGAUGAACAAGUUUUAACACAGUCUUUCGACCAGGAAGCGGCUGCAGUCUUGAUGGCUAGAAUCACUUUGUUCAAAUCUGAGCAAGACGAUGGAGCAGACGUUUUGAGGUGGAUCGACCGUAUGUUGAUUAAGUUGUGCCAGAAAUUCGCUGAUUACAGAAAAGAUGUUGAAGCUUCUUUCAGAUUGCAUCCCCAAUUCUCGCUUUUCCCACAGUUUGUCUUUUAUUUGAGGAGAUCUCAGUUUUUGCAAGUUUUUAACAACUCCCCAGAUGAGACUGCCUUUUACAGGCAUGUGUUGUUGACCGAGGAUUGCAGUAACUCAUUGGUCAUGAUCCAGCCAACAUUAACAUCGUUUGGACUUGAUCUAGAACAGCCAGAGGCUGUCUUAUUGGAUUCCGUUUCUAUUAAAGAAGAGAGAAUCUUGCUCUUGGACACUUUCUUCCACAUCUUGAUUUUCCACGGUGGAACUAUCGCCAAGUGGCGUAAGGCAGGUUUCCAGGACCAGGAAGAGUACGCUGACUUCAAAGCUUUGUUGGACGAACCAAAGCUAGAAGCUGGUGAAUUGUUGGUGGACCGUUUCCCAUUGCCUAGAUUUAUCGACACAGAGGAAGGUGGUUCGCAAGCUAGAUUCUUGUAUUCCAAGUUGAAUCCAAGUACCUCAUACAACUCUGAAGAAUACACUCCUGGAGCCGUUGUCUUGACUGAUGAUGUCUCUUUACAGGUGUUUAUGUCGCACUUGCAAAAGUCCGCUAGAGUCCUAGUGGUCAAUCUCGGCGGUAUUGGCUCAGAAAUCGUGAAAAACUUGGUCCUUGGAGGUCUCAAUACUAUUGAAAUACUUGAUGGUUCUGUUGUCAAAGAAGAGGAUUUUGCAGCACAGUUCUUUCUACCAAACGAUGAGAGUAUCGUUGGUCAGCCAAAGCUUCCAUUAGUCUUCCCAAAUAUCCAAGAACUAAACCCUAGAGUCAAUCUCCUGAUAAACACUACAAAGCUAGCCGAAGUUUCACUUGAUUAUUAUAAAAAGUUUGAUUUGGUCGUGGCCACAGAGUUGAGCAAACCACAGUUGCUCGCCAUUAACAAAAUCACCAGAGAUCAUAAGAUCCCACUCUAUGUGGCUGGAGAGCAUGGUAUGUUUGGCUACGUACUCACAGAUCUUAUUGAGCAUACUUCGACAAAAGAAGGUGCCACAGGAAACCAAGCUAAGGUUGCCGGUACCAAGAUUAACGGUGUCAAAGAGAUUGUCGAUGUGGAGUGGAAGAAUAACGACGAAACUGAAAUUGUGAAAGUCUUGGACACAUUUUCACCAUUAGAGCAAAUCUUUGACUCCAAGAAAUUACCGCUUCAGUUGAACAAAAGACAGCUUAAAAGGCUCUCAGGGGCUCUACCAUUCAUUCUUUCACUUUUUGAUAUUGAGCGUCCAGUAAAUCCAGAAGAUGACAUAGACAGAGAAGCCUUGCUACAGCGUGGAAACAUCAUUUGUGACAGCCUUGGAAUAUCACAGCAAGUGCUUAGCGAGGAAUACUUGGAUUUGUUUUCCAAGCAAGCAUUCACUGAGUUCUCACCUGUGGCAGCUAUCAUAGGAGGAUUUCUUGCUCAGGAUAUCAUCCAGUUCUUUGGCAAGAAGGAUAGUCCGAUUAAUAAUUGUCUUAUUUUUGAUGCUGUUAGAUCUGAGGCCCCUAUAUACUAUUUGUAA